AGAUAGCUAUCGGCUGCUAGGCAGUUUGCAAGAAGGAUUGACUUUAUGACUCAGUACUUCAUUCAUUCAACGCCCGGAGUCCAACUCUGCUUGUUACUGAGCGUUCCUAACAUCCUCGAACGUGCCACGAAAAGAAAGAAAUGCCACACAGAGGUGUUUGAUGAGCCAGAAGUCGAGUGAUGUUUCCACGCAGGAUCUGGGGAGCCCCAUCUGCUACUUUGCUCAGCAUGCCGUGCCCACCCCACGGCGAGGCGCGCUGACCAUGAGCCUCAACUCCUCCCUCGGCCACAGGAAGGAGCUGAGUGACCUCACUGCGGUGGAGGGCGGCGAAGGGGGCGCCCUCGUCACCGAGUUUAUCGCCAUUAUUGUCAUCACCCUCCUCGUCUGCCUGGGCAACCUGGUCAUCGUGGUCACCUUGUACAAGAAGUCCUAUCUCCUCACCCUGAGCAACAAGUUCGUCUUCAGCCUGACCCUGAGUAACUUCCUGCUGUCCGUGCUGGUGCUGCCUUUCGUGGUGACGAGCUCCCUCCGCAGGGAAUGGAUCUUCGGCGUGGUCUGGUGCAACUUCUCCGCCCUCCUCUACCUGCUCAUCAGCUCGGCCAGCAUGCUCACCCUCGGGGUCAUCGCUAUCGACCGCUACUACGCUGUCAUCUACCCAAUGCUGUACCCCAUGAAGAUCACGGGGAACCGUGCCGUGAUGGCCCUUGUCUACAUCUGGCUGCACUCCCUCGUUGGCUGUCUGCCCCCCUUGUUCGGCUGGUCAUCGGUGGAGUUUGAUGAGUUCAAGUGGAUGUGCGUGGCUGCGUGGCACCGGGAGCCUGGCUACACGGCCUUCUGGCAGGUCUGGUGCGCACUCUUCCCCUUCCUGGUCAUGCUGGUGUGCUAUGGCUUCAUCUUCCGCGUGGCCAGGGUCAAGGCGCGCAAGGUGCACUGUGGGACCGUGGUCAUGGUGGAGGAGGACGCCCAGAGGAGCGGGAGGAAAAACUCCAGCACCUCCACCUCCUCCUCGGGCAGCAGGCGGCAUGCCUUUCAGGGCGUGGUGUACUCGGCCAACCAGUGCAAAGCCCUUAUCACCAUCCUGGUGGUCAUCGGCGCCUUCAUGGUCACCUGGGGUCCCUACAUGGUUGUCAUCUCCUCUGAGGCCCUCUGGGGGAAGAACUAUGUCUCCCCGACCCUGGAGACCUGGGCCACGUGGCUGUCCUUCACCAGUGCCAUCUGCCACCCCCUCAUCUAUGGGCUCUGGAACAAGACGGUUCGCAAGGAACUCCUGGGCAUGUGCUUUGGGGACCGAUAUUACCGGGAACCCUUUGUGCAGCGACAGAGGACAUCCAGGCUCUUCAGCAUUUCCAACAGAAUCACAGACCUGGGCCUGUCGCCACACCUCACGGCGCUCAUGGCCGGCGGACAGCCCCUGGGCCACAGCAGCAGCACCGGGGACACUGGCUUCAGCUGCUCACAGGACUCAGGUGAUUGUCAGUCUGUUGCCUUUCUGAGCUGGGAGGACAGAUGCUCCCGCUGUGUGUACGAGGGGCAUGGUUAUGAAGUUGCCAAGAACUCUGUUCUUCACGUGAAAGCCGACGUGCACAAGUCCCUGGACAGUUAUGCGGCCAGCUUGGCCAAAGCCAUUGAGGCUGAAGCCAAAAUCAACUUGUUUGGGGAGGAGGCAUUGCCAGGGGUCUUGUUCACAGCUCGGACUGCCCUGGGGGCCGGUUGCGGGGGCCGCCGGGGCAGCAGAACUCUGGCAAGCCAGCGCCUCCAGUUGCAGAGCAUCGAAGAGGGGGACGGCUCGGCCGUGGAGCAGCGAUGAGGCCCUCCCAGUAGGCCGGGGCUGAGCCGGAGAAGCUGUUCAGAAGAUGAUCCCCAUCGCGGCGCCUGGGCUGGCCUGUGCGGGAGCCCCACAAGCACGUGGACAUGACUGUGGCCCAUGCAGACGCUGCCGCGGGAUAGGGACAGCAGCUGGUUUGCAGCCCCUGGCCGAAGGACUGGGAACUGUGCCCAGUGGCAGCGGUGACUCCAGUGGCUGCUGUCCAACCCCACAUGGGCUUUGUUGAGAUCCCAGUGCUGGGACCAGAACAAGUGGUCGAGGGUGUGGGUGUGGCCUGGGCUUUGUGGGAGGUGGCUGUGGAGCUGGGAGGGAGCAACCCUGUGGAGAUUGAGCACUUCGUUUGUCACAGCCUGCAUCCUCCGGCCAGCCAG